AGGCAUUUCGACACAGCAACAGCGAGCAAAGACUUUGACCCUUGUCCUUAGCUUAGCUUAUACACCUACCACUCUCUUUAUCUUGGACUUCCAUCCGAUCUUCAUCUUCACCUUUCUUCAAGCGACAUAUACCAUUUAAAAAUGUCUGCUCUUACUUCCGAAGCGCUGCGUCAAUUGGACCAGCUUAAUAAUCAAGGAGGAUUGCCAUCCCCUUCACCUACACAAGACAAGUGGGAGGCCGAUUCAGACUGCUCCUACUAUUCACUAUCUGACCUGACCUUGGACAAGUGGUACCGACAGAUCCCAGCAAGCCAAGUCAGGAAACAGGCAAAGCAGAUUCCAGCUAGCCCUGUAUCGAGCCAGUCUAUUUACCCGCGACGAUUUCAUAACAAAGAAGAGCUUGCUCUUCAGUCGUCGGGUCCCUGGCAAGAGUACCCCUUCUGCUUGAACAAGGGUUACGUGUUUGGGUCACCGGGCCCAGUUCGUAUAAUCACCAACUCUGCUGGGUCUGUGGAAUUUGAUGUGGUCUACCACCCUGGAAGGACAGAAAGGUCGGCUUGUCUGGCUAAUUACCGACCAAAGGGGUAUCAAAAGGGUGCUGUACCAAAGCCCCUCCCCUCGAGCGAGCCAAGCAGCCAGUCAAUCUCAAGUUCGAGUGUUGGCGGCUCUUCACUGCAGCACAACCCUUAUAUUGCUGCUCAUCUUGCGGGGUAUCAGCAGGGACUCACAGCUGCUUACUAUGCGCAGAGUCCGCCGCCGGCUUAUGUUGUACCUGUGCCAUUGGUUACUUACGCUUAUCUUCCUGUAUACGGCCAGUAUUUAUACCGACUCUAAUAAGUUUGGAGGAUAACUCAAUGACUAUCAGUACCUCAGUUUAUUUUUUCAACCCACAUCUCGUUACUGGGUCUUCAAAAAGCAGCGCCUCACUGUUUAUUCUUUCAGUCUGCAUUGUCGCAUUCUCCUAUGGUCUGCUCACGACUACAUUUGGAGUUGAUCUCAAACGAGACUACAGUCACAAAUCCUCUUCUCUGUGGAUAAAUGGCCAUACAACAAAUUUAUCUCCAAGGAAGCGGACAGCAUAUAUUCCGAGUAACAAAUUCUUGGACUUGCACUCUUGCAGAACCGCUUUAUGAUCUACGGCGGCGCUAGUACUUCAGAAC